AUGGCUCGUCGUCAAAUUCUAGCCGAGAUGGGAUAUGAGUUCACAUUCUUGACUGCAGACAUUGACGAGAAAAGUGUUAGGAAGGAAAAGGCGGAGGAACUAGUAAUGGCUCUAGCGGAGGCAAAGGAAUGCUUUAUGUCUUCUUUUAAUCCAUUAUUAAUUUGUUGUAUGCUCCGAGUUAUCCUUUGA